AUGGAUGUGGAUCAUGGAAUAAACCGAAGCAGCGGGACGGUCCUAGAGAGGGGUCAGCGUCCGGAGCCAGUGACCGCGGGACAUCUGGACCGUGUCACUGCUCAGAGGUCAUCAGAAGUCAUGAGGUCCAGGUUCAGUGCACACGUCCCCAAAGGAGCAGAGGUCAGGGCUCCGGCAGCAGUGGUCAAAGGCACAGGAGACGACUUUGGGACUGACCGCUUUUGUUUGUCACAAGUCGCAUGA